AUGUUCAAGGUGCUUUUGAACGCCAUACUGGGGCUCCUUGCUCUUUAUAUCACGAAAUUAUGGGUUAAUCGCAAAAGACCAUUAGGCCCACUGCCCCCUGGUCCGCCACCUAAGCCAAUCGUGGGUAACAUCGCCGACUUGCCGCCUCCAGGGGUACAAGAUUGGAUGCAUUGGCUGAAGCAUAAAGAUCUAUAUGGGCCCAUCAGCUCUGUGACGGUCAUGGGGCAGACCAUCGUCAUCAUAAAUGAUGCAGAGACAGCAUUAGAGCUAUUACGCAAGCGCGCUAUGCUGUACUCAUCCCGACCGCAUAUGGUUUUUGCGUCUGAAAUGGUAGGUUGGGGACAUGCCUUAUCCAUGCAGCCAUACACAGACCGAUUUAAAGCAUAUCGAAAACUUUUGAAACCAUACUUUGGCUCCGAGAAAGUCGCUUUGCAACAUAUUCCUCUCCAGGAGGUGGAAGCCCAUCGCCUUUUGUGGCGUAUUCUAAAAGACCAAGAGAACCUCACACAGCACAUUAAGACUGAAGCUGGAGCGGUCAUUCUCAAAAUCGCAUAUGGCUAUAGGAUUGAACCACACAAGCCAGAUCUGCUGGUGGACCUUGUUAAUUUGGCCCUUGAGCAAUUCUCAGUUGCCGCGACACCGGGCACUUGGCUUGUUGAUAUGAUACCAGCAUUAAGACAUGUCCCAGCCUGGUUUCCAGGAGCUGGGUUCAAGCGAACCGCGCUGGAGUUCAGAAAAAGUCUCGAGGACGUGGCAAGAAAGCCCUACGCCCUUGUUCAACAGCGGAUAGAAGAUGGCAAAUACGAACCAUCUUUUCUCUCUGAUAUAUUGAAAUUAGAUGGUAUUCCGUCGUCCGGAUCGGAGGAGGAGCUGGUUGCGAGAUGGACCACUGCAUCGCUUUACGGUGCAGGCGCCGACACUACUGUUUCUUCUGUUGGCGCGUUUUUCCUCGCUAUGGCAUUGAACCCGGAAGUCCAACAUAAGGCACAAGCUGAAAUUGACCGAGUUAUCGGGUCUAGUCGACUACCCACAGCAGCAGACCGCAAAAGCCUGCCCUAUGUCGACGCAGUAGUCAAGGAGGUCUUCCGUUGGCAUACUGUUAUACCGAUGGGGCUACCACAUGCAUCGACGGCUGACGAUAUGUACGAUGGAUAUUAUAUUCCCAAGGGUUCUCUUCUGUUGCCAAAUAUUUGGGGUAUUAUGCAUGAUCCGGAGUUAUAUCAUGAUCCUAUGGCCUUCAACCCAGAACGCUUCCUAAAGGUUAACCCUGAGAUGGACCCACACGGCUUUGUGUUCGGCUUUGGGCGUCGUAUCUGCCCCGGCCGAAUUUUGGCAGAUAUAACAGUAUGGCUUAGUGUUGCAAAGUCCCUCGCUGUGUUUCAAAUCAGCAAACCUGAGAAUGGGGCCGAGGUAAAGGCAGAAUUCCAGCCUGGAGUUAUCAGUCAUCCAGUGCCAUGCAAGCUGCAUAUCACACCUCGGACAGCAGCACAUGAAGAACUGAUACUUUCGGUGGAGCAAGAACACCCUUGGGAACAGGGUGAUGGGAGCGAGUUGGCAGAUAUUUAA